AUGCCACCCAUUCCUCUAUAUCUUAAAAUAAAUGGAUUGCAUACUGAUGCAAAUGAUAAUCCACCUCAUAUCACUGAAGUUUCAACUACAGAAAUCAAGUUUAACGAAAAUACAUAUGAGUUUGCAAAAAUAUUUGGGGGAUCAACUACUGCUUACCCUGAAUUAAUCGACGAUAAAUCAAGUUCAUGUGUCGUGUUGGUGGGACCCACAGGAAGUGGUAAGACAACCCUUUUGAAGCAAUUGAUAGCUGCAAAAGUGAAAAAUUUUGAAACACAAGCAUUUAUUAGUUCAUUCGAAAUUACAAAGCUUAGAAAAAUUAAUGAUUUGGUAGACUCGGCAUCUGAAUUUAAAAAACUUCAACUCAGCAGUUUGGAAAGCACCUUGAAAAGAGCCAAGUAUACACCUGAUGCCUUAAAAUUGAUUAUGAGCAGAAGAUCUACUCAGCCAACUGAACUGCAUCCCAACUCAUCACGUAGCUGUCUUGUGGUUACCUUCUAUUACCAAAAUACUAGAACCACAUUUGUUGAUCUGAUGGCAACUACUACUUCAAAUGCCUUUGCAAAUUCAGAAAAUGCAUCAAUUACCCAAUUGAUAGUCAACCACAAAAAUGUUAGCAAAGCAGAUGACUUGAUAUCCAACUUCAUUUCCAAAAACCAGAAAUUGAAAGUUGUGUUAAACUUGGACCCUUAUGGAGACUCAGCUUUCAUUGAUUCGAGCUUGAAAGACGUUUCAGAUUUUGUCAAAAUCUUUGAACCACCAGCUAAUUCUCCUGUAAACUCCUUGGCAAAAACAAACAAUGACACUGUUACCAAGCAAGUUAGAAGAGUCCCCAGUUACACCAGACCUACUUUGUCUUCCAGUCGCCAUAGUCCCAAAAACUUGUCGAAAAGAUCAAGGAUUAACAGUAACAGUCCUGAUAAGAUGACACUUAGCAAACGAGUUAGAUUGAAAAACAGUCCCUUGAGUCAAUCAGUUGAUUCAAAUCCUUUUAUUGAAAAAAACUCGAAAAUCUACUUGAAGAAUUUAGCUCUGAGAACUUCAAGCACUGAUACUCUUACCGAUAGUGACUCUCAUCACGAUUGUUGUUUACAAAUUGAAACCUUACAAAAUGAAAAACGAGUAUUACACAAAAAAUACGUUGAUUCAAUUAAAGAUUUGAAACAAGAUUUUCUUGCAUUUAAACAAGAAGCAGCUGGGAUCAUCAACGUGUUGAAUGAUUUAGAUGCACAGCUUUCUGAACUCAAGCAGAAACAAAUUGAUUUAGAAAAUACCAAAAAUGACCAAAUCAAGGAAUUGGUUAGUGAACAUGAAUUGCAAAUUGAGAAAAUUUCAAAAGAUUUGACUGAAAAAUUCAAAUUGGUGGAAACACAAUUGCUUUCCAAACAUGAAUCGCAUGUCCAGCAAUUUACCAAAGAAUUGAUUGCUGAAUCUGAAUCCAAACAGCAAGUGGAAGAAGAGUUGGAGAAUUUGAAAACCAUCCAUGCUAAAGAUUCCGUCAGAAUUUUGGAAUUGGAAACCCAGUUAAGUGACGCAGCAAAAGAGAAAAGCGAAUCUGAUUAUAAGCUUACUGACACGUCUGAAAUUGUCAACGAUUUGAAAAGUCAAAUUGAAACUCUCAAAGCAAACUUGAACAAACUGGAAGAGGAACGGGAAAUUCAAAAUAAAAAACUUGACCAAGUAUCAGAAUUGAAGGAGUUGAAAGAAUUGAAGGUAGAGGAAUUGUCCAAUAAUCUACUGAAAUUACAACAAGAAUUACACCGUAAAGAAAUUGAACUGAAUGAGCAGUUGGAAAAAUUACACGGAGUUUCUGCUGAUAAGGAAAAACUGUUGCAACAAUCAAUUGAGCAAUCCAAAAUUUACAUAAACUCAUUGAAGGACCAAAAUGCAAAGACCGAUAGAAAUUGGGAAAUAAAAUAUGGAACUCUUGAACAAAACCAACAAAAAUUAGUGGAAGAACAUUUAGCAAAUAGACAAAGGGAUCAAUUGGAGAUUGAAAAAUUAGUAAAGAGCAAAACUGAACUCGAAGCCGAUAACCAGGCAUUAAAGAAUCAGUUGACAGAGAUUUCUAAACAGUUUUCAACCCUAGGUGUUGAAUCUUCUGAGUUGAAAAAGCAGCUUGAGGAAACUCAAAUCAAGUAUGAUCAAGCUGAAAUCGUUCAUCAAGAAUUGAAAGCUCAAAUUGAGAAAUUACUCAAAGAGUCUGCUGGCAAAGAUGGACAGCUUAAGGAAUUGAAUCAAAGUCACGAGAAGUUUGUUAAUGAGUUGAAGAAUGAACACGAAAAACAAGUAAAGGAAACUAAAGAUCAGACUAUCAAAGAAAUGGAGGAAAAACAUCAACAAGCAAUCAAGGAGAUUGAGGACUCGCACAAUGAAAACAUUAAAGAAAUCAACAAUGAACACGAAAACAAAGCAAAGUGUAUAAUUGACUCUUUAAAUGAGGAAAUUGAAGAAUUGACUUCUCAACUUAAAAAUGCCGAAUCGGAAAAGAAUACAUUACAGUCAUUAAAAUUGGAGUACGAAAACGAAAUUAUUGCUUACAAAUCCAAGAUUGAUCAAUUGGAAAAAGAGUCAGCAGAAAACUUGAAAGAUUAUGAAGCCAAGUUGCAGUCGAUGAAAUUUGACUUGGAAUCUGACCUAGCGAUUGAAAAACAAUUGAGAAAAGAUGAUGGACAAGAUUUUGAAAAUCAAAUUGAAAAAUUAAAUCAACUAGUAACGGAAAAGGAUUUACAAUUGAGUGAAAAAGAUGAAGAAAUAGCUUCCAUUAAAAAAUACAUGGAGGAGUUGGAAGAUACGAAAGCAAAAUUGGAAGAAAAGUCUACUACUCAAAAUGGGAUGAAACUGUUGGACAAUAGUCUUACCAAAAAGCACGCCGCUGUUGUCGCUGAAUUGAGCGGUAAGAUUACUAACGGUGAUGCUGACAUUGAUGGUGACAACGAACCUCUUGACGGAAAUGAAGAUGGUACUAAUAUGGCGAUUACAUCAUCCAUCAAUAAAAGAAACGUUUUACAACCAUUAUUGAAUAAUACUACUUCGCCAUUGAAAAAAGCCAAUUCCAACAAUUCAAAAAACGAUGAAUCUACAUCUCCAAAGUUUGAAAGUCCUGAUUUGGCUACAGUUGAUUAA